AACGGCCACCAUACUCUUGAAGCAAGGGCUCAUGGAUAUAGUAGUCUUUCCCUCCCCUACACUGACAAAGCGUUCUGCAGGCCACGGGUAGUGGAUGUCGGGACAUGUAGUUUCGUGUAGCAACUUGGUGUACCGUUGCUGAUGCUAGGGAACUACAUUUUCCAGACUCUUUUGCGGCUGUCAUUCCUGGACAGCGGCUGUUGGCUGCAUUGUUUUGACAUGCCCAUGCCCUGGAGCUAGAUGCUAAUGGGACACGGUUAUGUACAGGAGAGGAAAGACCCGAAGCUUGAAGCACAAGGAGAGUGCAGCAUGUGACAGAGUCUAAGAGCAGAGGCUUUGUAAAGUCCCCUAAACCAGGCCAGUGAGUGGAAGUGCUGCAAGAGUGCCAUGGCAUUUGUCCCUGGACAAAAAAACAACUCAGGGGGCCCAGGACUCCUCUGUGGUGCCAGAGCUCGCUCCUAUGGCAGUGUGGUCCAGUCUUCAUAUUCACCGGCCAGAAUAAAGAAAGUGGAACAUCAUGUCCAGCCUGGGGAUACGCUACAAGGCUUGGCACUAAAAUAUGGUGUCACUAUGGAGCAGAUAAAACGAGCAAAUAGACUGUACACAAAUGACUCAAUAUUUCUCAAGAAAUCUCUCUGCAUCCCAAUUCUCGUUGACCAGCCUGAGCUCUCCAAUGGGAUGGAAUCGCACCCAGGGUCAGGACAAGAGCGACUGAAAGAGGAAGAAACAAUAACCCAACCAGAGAAAGGUGACAGAGAAAAAAUCCAACAUCACAGCAGCUCGGUUUCGACAAGUCAAAAGAAAGAGAUUUCAGCUAGCGACUACCUGAACAAACUGGACACUAAAAUCCGGGUGUCCAAAAGAGCUGCAGUUAAGAAGUUGCGGGAGGGAGAAAGCAUAUGCCAAGAAGCAGAAACAAAUGACCCCACAGGAGGCGCUGGGUACCAGGGUUCCCAUACUGAUUGUUCUAGAGCAGAGUCCCCAAGAACUCAACAGCGCACCCUACUGGGACCUGUCCCUCUGACCGUAACUACCCGUGCCUCCACCCUCAGGGAUCAUGAGGAUGAAAUAUUUAAACUCUGACCUCAACAUGCAGUGCUGAUUUUUUUUUAUAGCCUUUGUUUUUAUUGUGAUUUUUAUUGUCUCUGAAUGUUUACAAACUUAUAAGUAAUGUGAUCUAGAGCCACAAUGAACACGUCUACCCCCAGUUUCUCAAUCUUCCUUAUAACUAAAGCAGAAAAGCCUUGUUUUUAUUCUAAGCUCUCAUGAAAAUCCGUAAAUUAUUUUUGGUCAUAUGAUUUUAAUAUUUAAUUUUUAAGAAAAGACACUUUCAAUUAGCUCUUACUCUAAUGCACUUUCUGAACAAUUAUUCUCUUUUGCACUAGGACAAAAUUUAAACUUUCAUGAGUUAAAUAGAGUAUGUAAUAUAAAAAACAAACAAACACAUCAACUUUCUAAUAUACUUAUAUUAUCAAAUUGCCUAUGUUCUCUUGGUAUCAUUUCUUGAAGAGCAUACUUAGGUAGGCUCAGGAGUGUGCAUGCGUUUUAUGACUAUUAUGGCAGCAGUGUUUGCAGCAAUGUAUCAGUGUUAUAUAAUACAAUAAUUGCUUUAUAUAGUGUUGAAUACACUUGCAGACUCCUCAACAUACAUUUAAAAUUGCACGCUAUAUCUGAAUCAUGAAAGAUUUUCAUUUUGACUUUUAUAUCCCUUUAAUAAAAAAAGAUUCUGUCAAAGCUGUUUGAUUUUAAAGAUUGUGGCCUUAAGGAUAGAACAAUGUUUUCUACAUUUAAAAAAACUGGAAUUCCAUCUUUUAGUUGCAACACAUUUAAAAAAAAAGUCUUUUAUAGGACAUCAUUAUACGAUACAGAGCAGCGAAUUAACUAGCUGGGUAAUUAAACUGUCAAUUUACUUGACAAAUAAAGUGGUUAGUUUUUACUUAAAGGGGCAUUAAACACAGAAUUUACUUCCCCAUAAAUGGCCGGAUUAUGAGUGGAGCACUCCACUUGUAAUACCAGUGCACUGGUAUUAUAUAGAGCGCAAUGCGAACGCGACCUCGCCUUCUAUAGGCUCAAAUGGGAGCCUUGUUCUCAUGCUGUGAGACACGGUAAAGCACUUACCGCCGUGAAGGGGUGUAAGUUGCGCACUGAUGGACAGCAAAGGCGCUAUAUAUAUAUAUAUACACAUAUAUAUGUGUGUUUUUAUGUGUAUGUAUGUAUAUAUAUAUAUAUAUGCAUAUACAUUUAUAGGAAUAACACAUUCCUCAUAGACCGCAAUGUAAAGGCACUUUUCAGUACCUUUUUCCCCCAACAUCCCACACCCCCUCACUUUAACCCCUUAAAACUGCUUUGUACAGUUAUAUUUAAAAAAAAAAUAAAUAAAUAACAAAAGUGAACAAAACUCUUUUUUUGGGGUGGGGCAAUUGGGGGACGUUUUUAAAAUUAACCUCUGACCUCUGGUUAAUUUUCGGAGCGCAAAUUUCUACCGCGAGCUUGCAAUUGUAAUCUAGCCCAAAAUGUUCAAUUGAUGAAAAUAUAACAACAUUGCAAUAUAUUUGUCUUUUUUAUCUUUCUUUUGUUGUAAAAUAGCUGAUAAUUGUGCUUGUUUCACUUUCUUCUAGAAAGGUUUGAGCUUAAAUUGUGUAUUUAGGGACAUUCCCAAUACAUCAUUUUGAUAACUUAUUGUUACACACCAGAGUAGCAUCCUGCAACCUGUCCUACAUCUAUAAACUUGUAAGAAGUACAUGAAACAUGUAAAUAUUCAUCGUUUUAUAGGAGCCGAAAAUGACCACCAAGCUCCGCCCACCUACUCUGUGUAUAUUUUGGUAUAUUAAGGUUCAACUCGUCAAUAUGUUUUCCUACUCGCACACGCUGAUUUGUGCAUGUGCAAUGUGAAAUAGCUUACUUAAAAAUUUUAAUUGUACACUGCUAAACUGUAAGAAAACAGCUAACUUUACAAGAAGAAGGCUGUGGGCGGAGCUUGGUGGUUAUUAUUUAAAAGUUUCAUGUACUUCUUACAAGCUUAUAGAUGUAUAAGUAAUAAAGCAUAAGAAUUGGGGUUAGACUGUCCCUUUAAGUAUGCUGAGCAGUACACAGUGUUAUAUACACCUAGCCCUUAUUGGCCACAAAAGCAGAUAUGAAGAUUAUGGUUAUAAGAGGUGCAUAAACAAAAAACUUCUAAUAAAUCAUUUGUGGCAAAUAAUGUUUCUUCAUAAUUAGUUUGUUAAUGAAAAUCUAUUCCCUUUGGGGAAGAUCUUCAGGGCAGGAAAUUAAACUAAAAUAAGAAGUGAGUGCUAUUGCUAGAAGCCAGCAGCAGCACAAAAAAGAUUUUUUUUUUUUUUUUUUUAAUUUUUGGAUUUAGGAUUGGCCAAUUACAAAACUUAACAUACUUACUGGCUGACACAGCAAUGAAUAAGCUAGCAAGGGCGUUGCUCAAUCAUUGUAUAAAUUUGAAGCCUUUCCCACCUGCAGAAAAGCCUUUCUGUCUUUAGAGUAACAGUUUUAAUUGCAUGAACAAAUCAAAAAAAAAUUUGUGUUGACUUGUUAAAGGGACUUCAUUUAUUGUAUUUCUGAUGAAUGCAAAAAAAAAGUGUUAAUUCUAAUCUUCAUGUGAAAAAAAUGCACUUGUAAAGUGUUUAUUCUUUUGAUUUGCAAAACUAUAUACACUGUGCUUUAAAAGUUACAGCUUUAAAUGUUUUUAAUAAGUUAUUGUGAAUGCAAAUCAAUGCAUUUUAUUGAUUGAUUGCUAAUUAAAUACUAUGCAUAUAUACUAACAGCCAAUAACAAGCCUGGAUGGAAAUAGAGAGACCUGUGCGCUUUUAAAGGCUAUCUGAUUCAUUCUAGCGUGUUAAUUUUUUCACUACUUACUGCUGAACUCAAUUUAACCCUUGCCACACUGAACAACCCAGUUAGCCAAUUUAGCAAUGGCAUUUGAACAAACCUGCCAAUCACCAGCUGUGUUCAGUUCAGGAGCUGAAAAUGCUUGCGUCUCCCAGGCAGAAUUUUACCAAUGUGCUUAACCCCUUUGUGUGGGUUAAAAGCAGAGUUCAGCAGUGAGCACUAAAUUACAUACACUAACAAAUUAGAUUAAAUUGUAACAUUUUUGUGCAUAUUUUUAUUAAUAGUCCUUCAUGGCAGCUUACUGUAAGCAAGGCUUUUCUGAGUUCCCAUAUGAUAUAUUCUCAGCAGUUAUUAAUAUACAUUUAGCAUAUUUAUUUGUAAGGUAUUUUUUCUUUUGUGGUAUAAAAACUAGGGAUCAUCGGCAGAGUAUUUUGAAAUGGAUAAUGGACUUUGAUGUUUUUAAGAAACUUUCUACAGCAUUAAACCACAAGGUGGUGCAGAUGCUCUCUUUGUGAAGACUAUCAGAUUUGUAGAAGACUUUCCUAUGUACUUGAAUGGCUACCGUACCGUGCACGAAUUGUAAGGGAAGAUAAGGUUCAGAUGCUUCUAAACUGUCCACACAAGAAUAACCCAGAAUCAUAUUGAAAAUAGAAAUGUGUUUGUGACCUCGCUGGACACAUUAUUGUCACUGCUGAUCUCAGUGCUUUAGGUCAAAGAUGAGUCAGGUGUCUGGUUUGCUUCAUUAAACAGUGGAUUAUCUCAGUUGCAGUUACAGUAUAACAAACUGAGGACAAAAGUACAGCAAGAACUAGCCAGCAAUAAAGUGAUUCUCAAAUUUGUGGUCUCAAGGGUUAUUUGGGAAGAUCUGUGUCCAACUUCAAAAGUCACCACACUCAGGAAGGUGUGGUGGUGGGUUCACUGUGUGUGUAAGUAAGUGUCUGUGUGUAAGUAAGUGUGUGUGUGUCUGAAUAUGGGGUGUAUGUAUAUAUAUAUAUGUGUGUGUGUAUGUGUCUAUAUGUGUGUCUGUGUAAGUAAGUUUAUGUGUCUGUGUUUGUUUCUGUGUGUGUGUAUGUGUCUGUGUUUGUUUCUGUGUGUGUAUGUGUGUGUGUGUCUGUGUUUGUUUCUGUGUGUGUGUAUGUGUCUGUGUUUGUUUCUGUGUGUGUGUGUGUGUAUGUGUCUGUGUUUGUUUCUGUGUGUGUGUAUGUGUCUGUGUUUGUUUCUGUGUGUGUGUAUGUGCGUGUGUAUGUGUCUGUUGAUCAAUUUGAACAGCUUUUACUUCAUAUUUCUAAAGGCAAAAAGCAACGUUUAGUUGAUGAUCUUUUAUUAUUUUAUUUUUAAGUACAAUGUCCCUUUAAAGGGAGAUCAAAGCCAACAUGUAAAUUUCAUAGAGAGUGCAAUUUUAUGUUUAGUUCUGUUAUCAAGUUUGUGGACAAACAUACCUAGAUGUGUCUUGAGCACUACUGGGAGCUAGCUUCUGAUUGGUGGUCUACACACAUAUGCCUCUUGUCAUUGGCUCACUUUACGUAUUUCGCUGGGUACCAGUAGUGCACUGUUUCUCUGGUGUUGACUUUAACUAUGUGUUUAAUCAAUUUGCAUAAAUAAAACACCCAGUUUUAUGUAAAUGAUAUUGCAAUAAUAAAAUGUACCAAGACA